AUGUCCGGGUUCGCAGGCUUUGGCCAGAACAACAAGCCCGCCGGCUCGCUCUUCGGCGGCGGCGCGGCAGGUAACGGCGCUUCAACCCCACCCACUGGCGGUCUCUUCGGCCAGCCGGCCGCUGCGCCCGCCGCAGGAGGCUCGCUCUUCGGCCAGGCCUCCGCUGCUCCAGCUGCCGGCGGCUCUCUCUUCGGCGCGAAGCCCGCUGGUGCCGCCGCGCCCUCGGGCGGUCUCUUCGGCCAGGCUGCGCCCGCCGCCCCUGCUGCCCCCGCAUCCGGCCUCUUCGGCCAGUCCGCUGCUCCCGCCGCUACGCCGGCUGCUGGCGGCUCCCUCUUCGGCCAGCCCGCCGCUGCUGCCCCCGCAGCCGGCGGCUCGCUCUUUGGUGGCGGCGGCGCGGCGAAGCCCGCUGGCUUCUCCGCCUUUGGUGGCUCGGGCUCGGGCUCCACGGCCCCCGCCGCUGCCCCCGCCGCGGGUGGCCUGUUCGGCUCGGCACCCGCCAGCGGCUCGACGACCCCCGCCAAGCCCGCGUUCGGCGGAUUCGGCGCGCCUGCCGCCGGCUCGACGACGCCCUCCGCCCCGCCCCCCGCCGCUGGCGGCCUGUUCGGCGGCUCCAAGCCCGCAGCUGGCGGCUCGGGCCUGUUCGGCGCGCCCGCCGCGUCAGGCUCGACCACGCCGACCACCGCCCCCGCUGCAGGUGGCCUGUUUGGAGCCGCCAAGCCCGCCGCCGCCGCUCCUGUCGCCGCCCCCGCUGCCGGCUCGCUCUUCGGCGCUAAGCCAGCCACCGCUCCUGCUGCCCCGGCCGCUGGUUCGCUGUUUGGCUCGACACCGGCUGCAGGCGCCUCGACUACGCCUGCCGCUGCUCCAGCUGCUGGUGGAUUGUUCGGUUCAGCACCUGCUGCGGCAUCGACCACUCCCGCCGCCCCAGCUGCUGGUAGCCUGUUUGGCGCCGCCAAGCCCGCGACCACCUCUGCCGCCGGCAGCCUCUUUGGUGGCUCCAACCCCGCCUCGCCUGCGUUGGCGCCUGCUGCCGCUGCUGCUCCCGCCGCCACAGGUAGCCUCUUUGGAUCCAAGCCCGCGACCCCUACCGAGCCUGCCGCCGCCCCAGCCGCUGGUAGCCUCUUCGGUGCCAAGCCCGCGACGCCCGCUGCUGGUGACGCGGCGGCCAAGCCUGCCGGCUCGCUCUUCGGUGCUGCCCCUGCCCCGGCCGCUGCUGGAUCAUCAGCUGCCCCAGCUGCUGGCUCCCUCUUUGGUGCCGCCAAGCCUGCUGCCCCAGCAGGAACGGCCGCGCCAGCUGCUCCGGCCGCCGGAUCCUUGUUUGGCGGCUUUGGAAAGCCCGCUGCGGCGGCUGCCCCAGCUGCCGGCGCCUCGACUGCCGCGCCCGCGGCCCCUGCUGCCGGUGGCCUCUUCGCUGGACUGGGUGGUGCGAAGCCCGCCGAGGCCCCGAAGGCUGGUGAAGCCCCGAAGGCUGCUGGAUUCAGCCUCCUCGGCGCCGCUGCGGCCAAGCCGGCUGACGGCGCUGCUUCGACCUCGACACCAGCUGCCCCUGCUGCUGGUGGCCUUGGACUGUUCGGCAAGCCCGCUGCCGCGGCCACCCCUGGCGCUGCUACUCCCUCCGGCACCAUCAGCAUGGCUGCCAGUGGCUCUGCCACCCCUGCGGCCAAGCCUGGCACACCGGCCGUCGGCGCCGCUGCCGGCACGACUGCAACCACCACUGGCCCCACCGAGCCAACACCAAAUAUCCUUCGUGGCAAGUCGCUCGACGACAUUGUGGAGGGCUGGGCGCGCGACCUCGAGAGCCAGGUCAAGGAGUUUGAGCAGCAGGCGGGCGAGGUGCGCGAGUGGGACAAGGUGCUGGUUCGCAACGGCAAUCAGAUUUCGACGCUGUACCGCCAAGUGCGCGACGUGCAGACCAACCAGGAAGCGCUCGACAAGAACCUGAGCUACAUCGAGAGCCAGCAGAAGCAGCUCGAUGGCCUGCUCACGCACUACGAGCGCGAGAUCCAGGCCUUCACCGACAAGGACACCAAGCCGCUGGCUGCCAAGAUGCCGGCUGACCGGGAGCGCGAGAAGGCGUAUGGUCUCGCCGAGGACCUGAACAAGCAGCUCGACGACCUGUCGCGCAACCUGUCGCAGAUGAUCGAGGAGGUGAACAAGCUGUCGGCUGCUGGUAUCGCGCCAGUGCCUCAGCAGCCCUCUGCGGCGCCCACUGCCGCCGAUGCCGCGCAGCAGCUCCCUGCCGACCCGAUCAACCAGCUGUCGUCCAUUCUGGGCGCCCAGUUGCGAACAAUCCACUCAAUUGACGCCAACACGACCAAGCUGUCGUCCAAGAUUGAUGACCUCGAGUCGCGUAUGGGCAAGCCCCAGGGCAGCAGUGGGUACGGAGCACCUAGGCGAUAA